AUGGCUGGAGGAAGGAGAUCAGUUGGGUUAAGCAAGUCAUGCAUUCUGGUUAUAGUGGUGGCUAGUGUGGAGAGAUUUGCAUAUAAGGGAGUGGUUUCCAACCUAGUGACCUAUCUGACGGAUGUUGUAAAGAUGAGCAACUCCUCGGCUGCCAAAAGUGUUAGUAACUGGUGUGGGGUCACUUCCAUGCUACCACUCAUCGGAGCAUUUCUAGCUGACUCUUAUUGGGAUCAACAUUCUACUAUCUUGAUCUCUUCCUUUCUCUACAUGGCGGGGCUUGUUGCAUUGACGAUGUCGGCAUUGUUGUUGGCAUGGACUCCUAUAAGCAAGACCAUAACUUAUCUUUCCCUCUUCUCUUCUCUCUACUUGAUUUCUUUUGCGCAAGGUGGAUAUAAUCCAUGCUUGCAAGCGUUUGGGGCAGGUCAGUUGGAGAACAUGGAGGGUGAGGGUGAAGGGUCGCCUUUUAGUGGGAUUGACGAUGGUGAAAACCCUAACACUAAUAACAAUGAGAAAAAGAAGAGUUUGUUCUUCCAGUGGUGGUACUUUGGUGUGUGCACCGGAAGCCUCUCGGGGGUCACACUUAUGUCCUACAUCCAGGAUACGUUUGGUUGGGGUUGGGGAUUUGCCAUCCCCACCAUUGGAAUGGCCAUGUCUAUAGCAUGCUUUUCUUGUGGUACCAGGCUUUUUGUGCAUAGGAACAAGUCCAAAGUUGUGGAUACACCCAUCCAUACCACGAUCCAAUCAGUGAAGGCAGCAGCAAGGAAAAUGUUCACUGGUAGUAUCAUCACCUUUCCAAGGAGGGAUGAUACAAAUGUUGUCGAGCUCGAGCUACAAAAUCAUAAACCCCUCCGAGAUGAUUUCAAUGAACCUGAAAGCUUGGAUAAGAACUCAAUUCCCACCGCACGGAUUCAGCCUGGAGACAUGAAAGCUGUCCUUAGGCUGUUGCCAAUAUGGGCGAUGCUUCUGAUGUUUGCUGUCAUCUUUCAGCAACCAUCCACAUUCUUCACAAAACAAGGAAUGACAAUGAAGAGGAACAUUGGAAAAGACUUCAUGAUACCACCGGCGACACUCCAAAGCACAAUAACAAUCUCCAUCAUACUGCUAAUGCCAUUUUAUGAUAAGCUAAUAAUCCCAAUCUUCCGUUUAAUUACUCGAACUGACAAGGGAAUCAAUGUGCUACAGAGGAUGGGUAUUGGGAUUUUCCUAUCAGUCAUUUCAAUGGUUGUGGCGGCGCUUGUUGAAUCGAAGAGGUUGGAGAUUGCUCAAAAGGUUCCGAACAUUACUCAAUCAUCACAAACCGAAACAGUGCCCUUGAGCAUUUUCUGGUUGGUACCUCAAUAUGUUCUUUUGGGGAUUUCUGAUGUUUUCACAGUCGUUGGAAUGCAGGAAUUCUUCUAUAAUGAAGUUCCUAACGGAAGGAGAACUACAGGCAUAGCCCUCUAUCUUAGUGUCUUUGGGGUGGGCAGCUUUCUCAGUGCUAUUUUGAUCUCUAUCAUUGAGAUGGUCACAGAACUGAGUGGACAGAAACAUAGAUGGUUUUCAGAUAACCUGGCAGAAGCUCGCCUAGACCAUUACUACUGGCUGUUGGCUCUAUUAUGCACUGUGAGCUUGUUCUUGUUUGUCCUGUUGUCUAAACAUUACCUUAGUAGCAAUGCUUUAUGA